AAGUCUAUAAAUACACGCCCGGUUCCGAAUCGCCCUCCAUAAUUGACGUUUCUGUACAAUGGAUUCCCAAUCUCAAUCUCCCGCAGUUGAAACCCUAGAUCACAACUCAUCACAAAACCUAGCUUCCCAUGAUGCCCAGCUUCAGGCGUCUGAUAAUUCCUGUCCAAAUCAAGCAUCAGAGGAGCAAAAACUCGGUGAAGUCACUCUGAAGCGCGAGAUUCAGAGGCCGUUAUUGUCGGAAAACGGAUUGACAAACACUCACAGCGGCACCGACAGGGAUCAAUCAGGCGGUGAGGAAGAAACUAGCAGUAGAAGGAGACGGAGGAGCCGUUGGGAUCCACCUCCCACUGAAUUAACCAAUGAUGGGACCGGCGGCGGUGAUGGAAGUGGGACUGGAAGAAAGAGGAAGUCGAGGUGGGCUGACGAUGAGCCCAAACCCGUUAUUCAAUUGCCGGAUUUCAUGAAAGAUUUCACUGGAGGUAUUGAAUUUGAUCCUGAAAUUCAAGCUCUUAAUAGUAGAUUACUUGAAAUUAGUAGGAAAUUGCAAUCGGGUAUGCCCUUGGAUGAUAGACCUGAAGGUGCUAGGUCGCCUUCGCCUGAACCUAUAUAUGAUAAUAUGGGAAUUCGUAUAAACACCAGGGAGUUUCGCGCACGAGAAAAGUUGAAUAGGGAGAGACAAGAGAUUAUAUCACAAAUCAUUAAGAAGAACCCUGCUUUUAAACCUCCUGCUGAUUAUAGGCCUCCUAAGCUUCAAAAGAAGCUCUACAUUCCCAUGAAGGAGUUCCCUGGUUAUAAUUUUAUUGGGCUGAUUAUUGGUCCAAGAGGGAAUACUCAGAAGAGGAUGGAAAAGGAGACGGGAGCAAAGAUUGUAAUUCGAGGCAAAGGGUCUAUCAAGGAGGGUAGGUUCCAGCAAAAGGGGAAUUUGAAACCUGACCCUGCUGACAAUGAAGAUUUACAUGUGUUGGUGGAAGCUGAGAACCAGGAGUCCGUUGAAGCUGCUGCCGCUAUGGUGGAGAAGCUCUUGCAGCCUGUUGAUGAAGUGCUCAAUGAACAUAAGAGGCAACAACUUAAGGAACUUGCUGCUUUGAAUGGAACAAUUAGAGAUGAGGAGUUUUGUAGGCUAUGUGGUGAACCAGGGCAUAGGCAGUAUGCAUGUCCUUCUCGCACCACCACCUUUAAGAGUGAAGUUCUCUGUAAAAUAUGUGGUGAUGGGGGACAUCCUACUAUCGAUUGUCCAGUGAAAAAUACUACCGGCAAGAAAAUGGAUGAUGAGUACCAGAAUUUUCUGACAGAGUUGGGAGGUACUAUUCCUGAAUCAUUAACAAAGCAAAGCUCAGCAACGCUAGCUCUAGGCGCGGGAAACUCAGGAAGCAAUCCUCCUUGGGCAAGCAAUAACAGUGCUGGUGGUGCUGGUGCCAGUUCACAUCCUGGCUUAGGGUCAAGCAUACUAAAGCCAAAGGAGUUUGACGAGACAAACUUGUACAUAGGUUACUUGCCACCUACUCUUGAAGAUGACGGUUUGAUCAAUUUAUUCUCUUCAUUUGGUACCAUUGUGAUGGCUAAAGUUAUAAAGGAUCGUCUAAGUGGUCUGAGUAAAGGUUAUGGAUUCGUUAAGUUUGCGGAUGUUCAACAAGCUAAUAGUGCUAUAACUAGCAUGAAUGGCCACCGUCUUGAUGGAAGAACCAUUGCUGUGAGAGUUGCAGGUAAGCCGCCUCAGCCUGCUGUGCCUCCAGGACCUGUUCCGGCAAUGCCUUCAUACCCGGUUCCUAAUCAGAGCAUGGGGACAUAUCCGUCCCAGCAGUAUGCAGCUGGUGGUCCCAUUGGCAAUGAUCCUCCUGGUAGCUAUCCCCCACCUGGUGCUCCAGUUCCAUGGGGACCACCUGUGCCUCCGCCAUAUGCCCAGUACCCACCUCCUCCUCCUGGAGCAGCCAUGUAUCCUCCUGUCGCAGGUCAACCCAUCCCUCCAUAUGGAAUGCAGUAUCCUCCUUCAAUUCCAGCAGCAUCUUCUGGUGCCCCUGCUCAGACUGUUUCUUCUGGUGAAAACCAACAAACUUUCACAUCUCCUGGUGAGGCACAACAAAGCUAUCCUCCUGAAAUGCAAUCUCAGAAUGUGUAUGGUAACUCUGUCACAACAAUGCCACCUAAUGCUCAGCCUGCAUAUCCAACAUCAUCAUACAGCUAUCCAUCUUAUUAUGGUGUCGCACCACCACCCCCUCCUCCAUCUGCAUCCCACUCCAAUGGGAACCAUUCACAGGGUAUGAGUAAUGUUCCCUGGGCUCCAAAUCCACCAACUCAUGCACCUCCAUCAUCAGCGGAGAAGCAUGCCUAUGGUGCGGAUGCAGAAUAUGAAAAGUUCAUGUCAGAAAUGAAGUCAUGAUGCAAUUGAUGCAUCACCUGCACUAUUAGGCUGAUGUGUUGGAGCAUUUCACCUGAUUUCUUCCCUCUUGCCAUGACUUAGUUGUUGGAAGUUUCAAACUCACAUCUUUAACCUUGUUGUACUGUUAUGCAGAGAGAUGAGACAUUCAGUUCAUUCAGCUUGUGUUGGAACAUUAUAUCGGUGAAUUAUGGACAUUAAUUUUACUUUUUGUAGGAUUCGUUUCUGGGGUUUGCCUUGCAGUAUUGUUUUCCAAAUUUUAUUUUAAAUGAUUUGUUGGAUUUUCUUGAUGACUAAUCAUACACAGUUUGUGUGUUUCUCUCCGCUUUGGCUUCUUCACCACUAAUCCUCCUUUGAUUAUUUCUUUAACUUGGUAUCUCUUUUACUUUGUGCGGUCAUUUAACUAUUGAGAGUUCAGAAAGCAGCCUGAUGCUUGCCUCUGCUAUUCCUCCCAAAAGGUGAUGCAUCUUCAUAUUUUGAAGGUUCCCAAGGGUAUGUGAAUUUGAUACUGUGAUGACUGCAUUCACAUGUUUCAGAUUAAUUUUAUUACUCAUUCUGAUACAUUUUCCAGAUGUCUUGUGACAGGAAAAGAUGCUUGUAUUGGAAUGUGUUAUCCUGUGCUGGUCUGAUUUGUGUUUGAAAAUCACUUAUCUUGUUGGGAGUCCUAGUUAGAACUUUAUUUUAGAUUUUCUGUGAUGUUUAUCAAGAAAGUUUUCUUUGCAAAUGGGAAUUAGCUGAAGCCCAAUAGGGAGAAGUGAGAAUUAGUAGCAUUUAAAUCUGAUGGGCUAAACUAGGACAUUUCUAACCUGGCUAUGAACUUUUUAUUUGAAGGGGGUGGGGUGUGUGGGAAUCAAGUACAUGACUAUUUCAAUAGUCUUCCAAUGAAGAGCAGUGCUGUAGCAGGAAGCUAGCAGUCACUUUGAAUUCGACAUUGUUGUCUUAGAUUUUGAUUUGUGGCGCGGAAGUCUUAGAGAAAUGGAAAGCACUAGCAGGCAAAGUGGUUGAAUCACAUAGUAAAUAGGAGAUCUCGUGAGGAUUAAUAUAUUUGUAGAUCUCCUCUUUUAUUCUUGUGAAUACGUAGUUGAGACAUUUUAAGCUACAUCUCCCUCAGAAGUGUUUUUUAACUUUUUGCUCUUCAGGGCUUUACUCUCAUCCAAUCAUUUUCUUGAGAUGUAAUAUGUUUCUGUUAAUUUAUUGAAUUUUUUUGGGGAAAGAACAUGGGUGGGACGCUGUCCCCAGAUGUUCACAAAUUAACUGUGGGUAGUUUUGGUUGGAACUUGAGACAUGGCUUCUUGUGUGGGUUCUCAUGUAGUAACUACGCUCAUUAAUGCCUUAAUGUUUCUGAUCUCUUUACUGAUCCACCAAAUGUCUGGUAUUCUUGAGACAACUAGUACACCUAAAUAUCUUUGCUAAGAUUUUAGGACCAUUCAAGCUUCUGGUGUGGUCGAUCAUAUUUUUGUAUGGUGAGUUUGGAUAAUGUGUGGAAGCUUAGUAUUUCUGUUUAGCGUUGGUUUUGGCAUCUGGUACAUUUGGAUAUAGGUUCACUAUUGCUGUAUUAUUUUGUUUCUUUUUCGUUUUUAGACCUUCUGUUUUAGACUAACUCCUUUUAGUUGGUUGUUAGUAGCGUGUACUGAUAACAGGAAUGGCUCCCCAUUUCAGAAGAUCUCUUGAUUCAUUCAUCCUUUCACUGGUGGACAAGUUAAUAUUAGGCGUACAGGAAGAACUCAUCUAGGCACUUGUUAGUUCUAAAGUAUCAGUUGCAUUCUUUAGGUUGAAUUUGAACCUAUAUUUCUUUUGGGGUGGGGUGGGGGUCUAUUUUUACUUGUUAUAGCAUUAUUAUGCAUGAUUUUUCUUUCUUUGUCCUUCCCAUGAAAUCAGGAUCUACUCAAAAUUGGUUUGUGAGUGAAGAUGGUUGUCCCUAUUUUGUUUUGGUGGUCACAUCCUGGGCGUGAAAAUCAUUUGAGUGAAGGUGGAUGCCUAAAUUAUUAUUUUUUUGGGUAGUUGACAAAAUGUUUUUGUUUUACUUAAUUGCUAACCAUCUCCUCUUUGUCCAUUUUUUCGUCUAGAAUUAGUUUUGGAGCUUGUCAAAUAGCUGGUAACACUGGACCGUGUUGAUUUGGCUAUUCGAUUUGUUUUCUCUCAGUUUGUUCUGUGCAUGAUUUUCACAAUGUUUAGUGGUUGAUGGAAGUCUCUAAAAGCAGGUUUUUGUUUUUCUCAAUUACUGCGUUCUUCUUUUUCUACUCUGUUAUUGUUUAUUUUGAGGGGCGCCUAAUGGCAAAUGAGCAAGGACUACUGGAUUCGAAAAAAUGGAGUUUGUUUUCUACCUUGAGUUAUCUCCAGUGGUUACGUAAGUUAGCCGCUGUGCUGCUGUGAUGUAGGUGUCGGAUGAUAAGAGUUCUUUUCUCUUCAUGCCUGGAAAGUCUAAUGCAGACCAAGUCUCUGAUAGAACGCAGCUGAAUCUUCUAAAGACGAUUUAAGGAUCUUGUUGUACUGUUGGAGUACAUGAUACCGCCAUUUCCCCUCUUAAGUUAAAACUUAAAACUCAGUUUGAACAGAAGAGAGGAUGACUUAAAGUCAGUUUGAACUGAAAAAGUUCUUCUAAAGAUGAUUUAAGGAUCUUGUCGUACUGUUGGAAUGCAUGAUAGUGCUAUUUCCCCUCUAAAUUAAAACUUAAACUCAGUUUGAACUAAAGAGAGGAAACUCAGUUUGAACUUAAAAAGUGUAUUCUAAUAUUGUUGGUGCAAUAUACACAAAAGAAGGGAACACAACUAAAUGUAAAUACUGAGAAAUUCCGAUUGAAAUUUCUGAAAAUUUAGACGAAAA